AACGUGCUUGCUAGUCUCUCAUGGCCCAAAUCCUAACCCUAAGCGACGGCGCAGCAGCCAGCAAGCGACGGCCGACGAGCACGGCUUCCCGGCCGCUUAGGCGCGCGGGCGCAGCAACUGGUCCGGCGUCCCUGCCGGGCAGGACUGCUGCCGGCGGCCGCGCGGCGCGGCGUCCCGGCCGCUUGGGCACGCGGCGCGGUGUCCCGGCAGCUCGCCCGCUCGGCGUUCAGGAAGCAAGCAAAGGCGCAGCCAGCAAGUAAGAUCACGCGAGCAGAAAAGAAUUAGCCGGCAGCAAGCAAAGCAAAAGGCAGCAAGCCAGCAAGGAAGGUUAAUUUCUUAAUUUGAUUCUACCUCCCAUUCCCCAAUCGGUCAUCUUGCAAUGCACAUUUAUUUUUUCUGCUAAAAUUGGACAGAUUAAUUGUAUGUUACAUUCAAUUCUCAUUUCCACUAAUUAAUUGUAUUUUGCAUAUUACUUGCCUAAUUUAUUUGAAAUGUCCAACUCACUUGUGUAAGCUCAGGUUCAGUUCCUACCUUUGAUGAAGAUACAGAUAUGGUAAAUUGAUAGCCUUGAUGAACGGACUUGGCAUUUGUUAGGUAUUUAUUUAUAAUUUUUCAAUUUAUUGAGUUUGAUGUACAGUUAAACUUGGAAUUGGAGAUGUAGUAUAAAUCAUGAAUUUAAACACUUUUCAGCUAUUGAUAUUAUGACUAUGUAGAUUAGUUUCAGUGCUUUAAGCAUUUAGAUAAGUGGCCCUUGGUGUGAAAAACUGCCAGCUCCGUCACUGCCUGGCCCUCCACAAACUUUCCCAUUCCCCAACCUCAUUUUUUUUAGCAACACUCGGUACUUCUGUAGUAACCCAGUGACCCGCAGAGGAAGCCCAAGCCCGAAGCGAAACACGCCCAAGCCCAUGUCGCUGAAACACGCUACCACGCUCAUCAAAUCUCUAUGCGUGCGCGGCGCGGUCCGCCACGCCCGCGCCGUGUUCGAUGAAAUGCCCGACCGGGACGUCGUGGCGUGGACGGCCAUGCUCUCCGGCUACGCCUCCACCGGCUGCCACCAUGAGGCGCUGGACGUCUUCCGGCGCAUGCUCGCGGCCGGCGUCGUCCCCAACGAGUUCACCCUAUCCAGCGUCCUGACGCCAGGGGCGAGCCCAGGAUUUGGGGUUUGGGUAUUCAACAUUAUUUUGUUGCAAAAAAUUUUGGGUAUUCAGUUGAAUACCCUUGAAUCAAUACCAGGCCCGCCCCUGCUGACCGCGUGCCGUGGCGGCGGCGCAGCGUUGAUCCAUGCCGUUGCUGUGAUGCGGGGCGUGGACCACAUGCCAUAUGUUGUGAACGCGCUCAUUGACGCGUACGUGUCCCACGGGGACAGCCUUGUGGACGCGAGGAGGCUGUUCGAAGCGCUUGGGGGAUGGCGCACGGCUGCAUCGUGGACGUCCAUGAUAGCCGGUUAUGUCCGUUGGGGACAGGAGAACACGGGGCUGCAAUUGUUCCAAAAUAUCAUUCAGGAUGAUGUUGAACUGAGUCCAUUCACCUGCUCUAUUGCAAUCCAUGCAUGUGCUUCAGUAGGGAACUUACGUUUUGGACAGCAAAUUCAUGUACUCUCCAUAAGGAAAGCUCUUGGGCUGAAUCUUGCUGUUGCAAAUUCUCUGGUCGACAUGUACUGCACUUGUGAAAGCAUACUGGAAGCUAGGAGGCUUUUUGAUGAGAUGCCUGAAAGAAACUUGGUCACCUGGAAUACCAUUAUUGCUGGAUCUAGCCGAUGUGAUCCUCUAAUGGCCAUGCAGCUGCUUGUUGACAUGAAUCUUGAGCCAAAUUGCUUGACUCUAGCUAGCAUCACAUCAGCAUGUGCUGGUCUUGCAGCUCUAAGAUGUGGUCAGCAGGUCCAUGGGGCUGUACUUAGGAGAAACUAUGGCGAUGACCUAAAGAUUUGCAAUGCCCUUGUGGACAUGUACUCCAAGUGUGGAAACAUUUCUAAUGCUAAGAAGGUAUUUAACAUGAUGAAUUGCAAGGAUAUACUAUCAUGGACAUCAAUGAUUGGUGGGUAUGGGAUGAAUGGGUGUGCGAAUGAGGCCAUCGAGCUGUUCAAUUCCAUGGUUCAUGCUGGGGUUCAUCCAGACCAUGUUGUGUUCAUGGGCCUUAUCAGUGCUUGCAGCCGUGCUGGUUUAGUAGAUGAAGGAUGGAACCUUUUCAGGUCAAUGCUAUUUGAGUAUGAUAUUCAACCUAGCAAGGAGAUUUAUGGUUGUGUCACCAAUCUUCUUGCUCGUGCAGGGAUGCUGAGAGAAGCCUUUAACCUCAUUGAUACAAUGCCAAUCACUCCUGAUGAACCUGUCUGGGGAGCAUUGCUUGUUGCUUGCAAGAUGCACAAGAAUGUAGAUCUGGGCAGACUAGUUGCAAGGAAACUAAUUGAGAUUAAUCCUGAUGAAGUGAAGACUUAUGUCCUGCUUGCAAACAUAUACGCUGCAGAUGGCAAAUGGGGUGAGUAUGCUGUGACAAGGAGGUUACUGAGGGGCACAGGAAGCAGUAAGGAGGUCGCAUUGAGUUGGAUAGAGGUAACAGAUAAGGUGUGUAGCUUUAGCACAGCUGACAGUAGCAGUCCUCAAGUUAGUUUGGCAGAUGAGAUAUUGCAGAUCUUAGCUUAACACAUGGAUGAAACUGGAAAUGAUUUUGUUGACAAUAUUUCCAGAGCUGUAUGAUUAUUUUUUUCUUAAAUGGUUCCUCCAUUCUUAAUUAAAUAUUGCAGAAACUGAUUCUGGAGGUUUGAGUUCUGAUAGUACCUGCCCAGAACUAAACAAAUUGUUUAUGCAGUGUAUAGAGAAUUUAACAGAGGUAAGACUAAAAGACUUUUUUAGUCCCCUGAUGACAUCAUCGCAUUUGCAGUGAUGAGCAGGUGGUUUAUAUGAUAGCAAACUAUCUUACUCAUAUUUAGUGGGUCCCCAUACUACUGCUUUAGAAUUGUAUCAUGUACUGAAGCCUCCUCAUCUCCUAGGUGAGAUAUGGUGGUUGCUAUUGUAAGGGUCCGUUCUUUCUCUCUAUAUCACAAAGAUACACAGCCCUCCUUUGUGUUAGAGAAAAACACAGCUUUAUGAUCGUUGAUUGAAGUAAUCAUAAGUAAAUUUAGAA